AUGGUGGUCUCCAACCCAGUCUCUCAGUGGCCCAUGGUGGUCUCCGGCCUAGUAUCCUGGUGGCCCAUGGUGGUCUCUGGCCCAAUUUCUCAGCGGCCCAUGGUGGUCUCCAGCCCAGUCUCUUGGUGGUCCAUGGAGGUCUCCUGGCCUGGUUUCUUGGCGGUCCAUGGUUGUCUCCUGGUCCUGUCUCUUAGUGGCCCAUGUCCUGUUUUUGAAAGCAGCUACAGUAUGUGCGACCUCCCGAAGCUGUCCAUUAACUUGAAGAGCACUUCUGAGGAUACUUUACAGCCUUUGAUGUGUGUUGUUCCCAUUACAGCUAUCCACGAAUUUCCAAGUGAUCUUUUUACCAAUAAGGAGAGACAACAAGGAGGAGUAUUACUUCAUAUAGCAGGAGCUGUCUAUAUGUUUUAUGCACUGGCAAUAGUUUGUGACGAUUUCUUUGUUCCAGCAUUAGAAAAAAUAUGUGAGAGAUUACAUUUGAGUGAAGAUGUAGCUGGUGCCACGUUCAUGGCAGCUGGAAGCUCAGCACCUGAACUGUUUGCUUCUGUUAUUGGCGUCUUUAUUACCCAUGGAGAUGUCGGUGUUGGAACCAUUGUUGGUUCAGCAGUAUUUAACAUACUCUGUAUCAUUGGGGUCUGUGGAAUAUUUGGAGGGCAGAUCGUAUAUCUGACACAGUGGUCUGUGUUCAGGGAUUCAUUAUACUAUACCAUAUCAGUGAUUCUACUUAUUGUGUUUAUCUAUGAUGAGAAAAUUGAAUGGUGGGAAGGCCUUCUCCUGAUCAUAAUGUAUGCAGGCUAUAUACUCGUGAUGAAGUUCAACAGCAAGAUACAGGAUUGUUUUGUGAGCAAGUUAACAAAGAAUGCUUCAAAUGGCAACGUGAUCGGCAAUGAACUGGAGGAUGGUAAUGUUGCCUAUCCUAAAGUUUGUGAUGACCCAUUACUCCCAUUGUUAACUCAAGGUAAGACUAACCAGACAGAGAUUGAGAUUUACUUUCAAUCUACUUACAUGCAAUACUUAGUUCAAUCUGCCAAUGGUGUGGACAAGGAAGUCUGCGUAGCUGAGAAAUGUGAAAACAUCGAAAACGGAAAUGUCCCUCUGGAUAAAACUACGAAAGAAGGCAGCCCUGAGAAUGAAAAAGACCCUGAAUUUAUAUCUCCAUUUUCUCUACCAGGGGGAUGCUUGACUAAGGUGAAAUGGUUGAGUUCGUGGCCGGUAUUGCUUGUGCUGUUCUUCACAGUCCCUAACUGUGCGAAGCCUCGCUGGGAGAAUUUCUUCAUGCUAACCUUUCUCAUGUCCACUGUAUGGAUUGCAGUCUUUUCUUAUUUAAUGGUGUGGAUGGUAACCGUAACAGGGUAUACACUCGGGAUUCCAGAUAUUAUCAUGGGAAUAACAUUUCUGGCAGCAGGAACAAGUGUUCCAGAUUGCAUGGCUAGUUUAAUAGUGGCCAGACAAGGGAUGGGUGACAUGGCAGUGUCGAAUACAGUGGGAAGCAAUGUCUUUGACAUUCUUGUAGGCCUAGGUCUGCCUUGGGGUCUUCAGACAAUGGUUAUUAACACCGGUUCUGUUGUGCACAUCAAUAGCAGAGGACUUGUUUAUUCUGUCAUACUUCUUCUAGGAUCUGUAGCACUCACGGUGGCUGGUAUCCACGUGAAUGGAUGGAAACUGGAUACAAAGCUUGGUAUUUAUGUGCUCAUCCUCUAUGCUAUCUUCUUGUGUUUCUCAAUAAUGAUCGAAUUCAAUGUGUUUACCUUUGUCAACCUGCCAAUGUGCCAAGACAGCAUUUAA